AUGACGCUGCCGACGCAGUUCCCGUUCCUGUUCUUUACCGCGACUUCUCUCCAUGAAUCCACCCGGUUGCUGAACGGCGCGACUGCCGCUUCUGCACCCCUUCCUAGGGCUCUUAUGUGGAGGAAAAGACAUGCGUCUCGACGAGUCGUUUUUGGCGUGGCAAUCGCCUUGGCAACAGUGCUUCUUGUUAGCCAGGAGCAUCCUUCUGUUGCAAGCUCGAAUUUGGUCCCGCUGAUUACCUGUGCUGAGGCCGACCCGAAGGCGGAUGCAGAACCUGUCAAGCAGGGUCCUGCGGAGAGCAACAAUGAAAGAAGUAGACAGACGAAAAGGGGGAACUCGAGGUCGAGCAACAAGAGCCAAGUGGGGGCGCUGUGGAAACGGCCGCCUCCAAUGCCCGAGUCUCGCGUCCGCAGAGCGUUGGGGAUGUUUGAGACUGUGCACAGCCAGAUGACAUUGUUUUUCAAGGGGUUUUCACGGAGCGGAAGCGUCAUUGCCUACGACUUGCUGGAUGAGCUCCGGACCGUGAAAGAGGCAACCCAUAUGAUGGAUGUCGAGUUCCUGGUGCUGGACCGGGUCAUGGACCACUACGGCAGCCGGUCACACCUUCGCGUUGUCGAUACAAAGGUCAUGUGUAAGUUUCUUGACUUGUCCAAUUUGUGGCCGUGGAAGAUUCCGGGGCUUCUUGCGGACAUCAAGAAAAUGGUCCUGGAAUACCGACCUGUGCUGGCGCAGUUUCUCGGUCGGUACGGGGAACUCAUCGAGGCCCUCAUUCUCACGAGUGUGCCUGCUGGGCUCCACCCGUUCCGAAGCCUUAUCGCCGCGUUGAUCGGAGUGCCUCGAAAGAAGCUUGUCUUCGCAUCCAGCCUCCAAGAUCUGGAGAAGUAUAUUCCGCGUGAACACAUUCCGCGGGAGUUCUGGAAUCCCACCGGCGGCCCUGUCCGCGAGGGCUGGGAAAACAAAGUCAGCUGGCGGAUCAUGCUGGAAGAGGUGCAACUGAAACUUGGAGCGGAUUCUGUUACACCCAAAGGGAAGCAGUUGUUGCAGAGCAUCAAGGAAGAGGAGGCCGGAUAUGAAAAGACCGCGGAUCGAGGUUCUGGACCCGCCGCACAAAGUGCGCCACCGGCGGAGGAGGCGGCGGGCGAAAAUGAGGCUAACGAAGACUUUUUAGGUGUUGCGGGAACAGUUAACGCAGAUGUGCCUGUGGUUUCUGGGAAUGACAUGGGUGAUGUCAGUAGCGCUGGAACAGGACAGGAACCUGGAGAUUUCACGUACCCAGAAUUAGCGGGUCUGUCAGAAGACGAUUUUGCCGCCUUCGCCAAUGAGGACUUUGACGAUGUAGACUGA